AAAAGGUCCCAGCACAGCAUUCACUGCAAGCUGAACAACAGCAAUGGCUAAUCUGAUGCUUCUUCUUCUUAUCCUGUGGGUUGGCAUCACAGUCAGCACAGGAGUAGAUUUGCACAAAAGGGUCUAUGGAGGUCAAAAGUGUCCAGACACUGAGCGUCGGUAUCAUGUGAAACUGAUGGCAACAAAUGGAACACAUGAAACUUUCUGUGGUGGCUCACUGAUCCAUGAACGCUGGAUUCUGACUGCAGCUCACUGCUGGAAAAAUGAAACUGGAUGGGAUAUGUAUGCAAUUUUAGGAAUUCAUCCAAGUCCAUGGUGGACAAAGUUAUUACCAUUUUUAAAAAAACAAAAAAACGUGAAAGUCACAAGUGGACCAGUGUUUGUGGGCACAAAUACGAUUGAUGACAUCAUGCUACUGGAAAUUCCUCCACAACCAGGCAGGAUCACCGUUGCCUUACCAAACUGUGCAAAUCCUCCCAAAAU